CGGACACCAUACGACGACCUAAGUUUCUUGCACACGCACAACUCCCGUACACGCAAUGGCGUCCAAACCGAUCUUCGCCUGCGUCGUCCUCCUGAUCGCCAUCGCCGCCGCGGCAAUCACGCCGGCAUCCGCGGCCGGAGCUAACCCCACCGCCGUCGGCGGUGGCUCCGACGAGACGGCAACGACGUGCGUGCCGACGCUUGAGCGCCUUCUGUCGUGCCUGGACUUCAUCGAGCACCGCACCGACGCGAUCCCGCUGCCCUGCUGCGUCCAGGUGAACACCACGGUGGCGCAGCAGCCGUGCUGCCUCAUGCACGUCCUGCGCGGCGACGUCGCGCGGCUCAUGGGGCCGGAGUUCGACAGCUCCCGCGCCAUGGUCAACGUCACCUCCAGGUGCCUCGGCGACGGCUCCAUCCUCAUGUCCAUCACUCGUUCGUGCGCAGGCAAGCCGCUUCCGCCGCUGACGCCUGAAUAUCCCUUCACUGCCGCGUUGCCGCCGCCGCCGCCGCCAUCCUCAGGAUCAGAACGGCUGGAAGGCUUCUCUUACGCCGUAUUGCUAGUUGCACUGGUUGCAAGCUUCUUGUGAUCUGUCGGGAAACUGGCGAUCAGCUGGCUGGACGUACAUGGAGAAAAUCUGGACACGUUUGAUGUUGAACAAAAUAUAGUUACAGUUUUGCUAAAGCACAUCUAGAUGUGCUAUAAAUAUUGCACAUCUAAAUCAUAUAUCAUUAAUCUUACAUUGAGAUUCGUGUGGAUAUUUUUUUUUUUUUUCUCUUUGUGUUUGAUUCACUCACUUAAAUGUGCAAUAACUAGAGCACAUUUAGAUGUGUCCUAGACACACCCAUAUAGUUAAUUCUUGUGUUUCUCUGUCUUUCUUUACUCUGUUUAUUCUGUAAUUCUAUGUAUAUGUUUAGCAGUUUUG